UGCAGAGGUGCUCAUCCUCUUCUGUGUAGUCCUGAGCCACAGACCUGCAGCGACCACCACUUCUUCCUCCUCCUCCUCCUCUUCCUCUGGUUCAUUCAUUCACUGAAGAGCAGCAGACCUUUCUCCAGGACUCCGGAGUCAUGGCUGUGGUGCAGUUCUACAGUAACGAGGCUGUAAAGGGGCGGGCCUUACAGCAGGCGGCCAAGCUCUACCCGCAGCUGUCAAUCUCCACCGAGCUGUGCUACAACGUGGAGCUGACAGGCUGCGAGAGUCUAAGCACAGAGCAGAAGGAGGUUCUCCUCUGGUUGUUUCGUCCUCCCCUGAAGUCAGAGCCUUUGUCAGAGAAGCCAAACCUCACAGAGGGCAGCUGCGAGAAACUGGUGGAGAUUGGACCCAGGUUGAACUUCUCCACCGCCUGGUCCACUAACGCUGUGUCCAUCUGCCAGAGCGCCGGCCUGACUAAUGUCACACGAGUCGAGCUGUCGCGCAGGUUUCUAAUCAAGCCCAGAAAGGAGGAGAGUGUGACCGAUAUCAAUGAGGAUCUGAAGAAGCUGAUUGAGUGUCUGUAUGACGGUAUGACAGAGUGUAUCUACCAACAUCCCAUCACCUCCUUCACCGUGAACACCAAACCACAGCCCGUGUUUGAGGUGGACAUCCUGGGGAAGGGUCGUGCAGCUUUAGAGACGGCAAACGAUGAUCUGGGUCUGGCCUUUGACUCCUGGGAUCUGGACUUCUACACAUCCAUGUUCCAGAGGAUUCAAAGGAACCCAACCAGCGUGGAGUGUUUCGACAUGGCCCAGUCCAACAGUGAACACAGUCGUCACUGGUUUUUCCGGGGACGGAUGGUGAUUGAUGGGCAGGAGCAGAAGGAGACUCUUUUCAGUCUCAUAAUGGACACCCAGCAGCACAGCAAUCAGAACAACGUCAUCAAGUUCUGCGACAACAGCAGUGGUAUCAAAGGCAUGGAACUGGAGUGCGUUUACCCAAAAGACCCAUCCCAGGCCAGCUCGUAUGAGACUCGGUCCUCACUACGGCAUGUCAUCUUCACCGCAGAGACACACAACUUUCCAACAGGUGUAGCACCGUUCAGUGGCGCCACCACAGGGACGGGAGGUCGUAUCAGAGACGUGCAGGCUGCUGGACGAGGAGGGCACGUCAUCGCGGGCACUGCAGGAUACUGCUUCGGCAAUCUGCACAUUCCAGGUUACGUUCUCCCCUGGGAGUCUGAAGGAGAGAGCUGGGAUUAUCCCUCAAGCUUCGCCUCUCCGCUGCAGGUGGCCAUCGAGGCCAGUGAUGGAGCGUCAGACUACGGCAACAAGUUUGGAGAACCUGUCCUGUCAGGUUUUGCUCGCUCCUUUGGGAUGCGGCUGGCUAACGGCGAGCGGCGAGAGUGGGUUAAGCCAAUCAUGUUCAGUGGUGGUCUCGGUUCUAUCGAAGAUUCAGAUAUAAAGAAAGAAGGGGCAGAGACUGGGAUGGAAGUGGUGAAGAUCGGGGGACCGGUGUACAGGAUAGGAGUGGGUGGAGGAGCAGCCUCCUCUGUAGAAGUGCAGGGGGACAACUCCAGCGACAGGGAUCUGGGUGCAGUGCAGAGAGGAGACGCAGAGAUGGAGCAGAAGAUGAAUCGAGCUCUCAGAGCUUGUCUGGAAAGAAGCAGUGGGAAUCCAAUCUGCAGUAUACAUGAUCAGGGGGCAGGAGGAAAUGGUAACGUACUGAAGGAGCUCAGUGAGCCAGCCGGAGCUGUGAUCUACUGCAGCAGAUUCAAGAAAGGUGACCCCACACUGAGUGUGUUGGAGCUGUGGGGAGCAGAGUAUCAGGAGAGCAAUGCUCUGCUGCUCCGCCCUACAGACAAGUCUUAUGUUGAGAGGGUGUGUCGGAGGGAGAAGUGUCCCAUUGACUUUGUUGGAAACAUCACAGGAGAUGGCAAGAUAGUCCUGGUGGAUGAUGAGAGAGGUAAUAGUGAUCAGGCAGACAGAGGGCGCUGUCCUGUCGACCUGCAGCUGGAGUGGGUUCUGGGAAAAAUGCCCCAGAAGGAUUUUAAGAUGGAGCGUCUGACCCCAACCCACAAGCCACUGGCUCUACCUGCUGGGCUGACGGUCAGGGAUGCUCUGGACAGAGUUCUGCGUUUGCCUGCUGUGGCGUCCAAGCGCUACCUGACCAACAAGGUGGACCGGUCUGUGACUGGGUUGGUUGCUCAGCAACAGUGUGUCGGGCCUCUUCACACGCCACUGGCUGACGUGGCUGUUGUUGCUCUCUCAGCGUUCAGCACAGAGGGAGCGGCGACAGCCAUCGGGGAGCAGCCAAUUAAAGGGCUGGUGUGUCCUGCAGCAGGGGCUCGUAUGGCUGUGGGAGAAGCUCUGACCAAUCUGGUGUUUGCUAGAGUCACAGCGCUGAAGGAUGUGAAGUGUAGUGGUAACUGGAUGUGGGCUGCCAAGCUGCCCGGGGAAGGAGCUUGUUUGUGGGAGGCCUGCAAAGCCAUGUGUGAGGUCAUGGGUCAGCUGGGAGUGGCCAUCGAUGGCGGCAAAGACUCUCUGAGUAUGGCGGCUAGAGUUUGGAAGGAGACAGUCAAAGCUCCAGGUGCUCUGGUUAUCUCGGCAUAUGCGGUUUGUCCUGACAUCACGGCCACUGUGACGCCCGAUCUGGAGGAUCCAGAUGGCAAAGGCGUGUUGUUGUGGGUUCCUCUCAGUCCAGGCCAUCAUCGUCUGGGAGGCUCUGCCCUGGCUCAGUGCUACAGCCAGCUGGGAGAUUGCUCCCCUGACCUGGACCAUCCAGCACUGUUCACUUCCUGCUUCAGCACCACUCAGACUCUCAUACACGAUCGUCUGCUGAGUGCGGGACAUGACAUCAGUGACGGAGGCCUCAUCUCCUGUUUGCUAGAGAUGGCAUUUGCUGGAAACCGUGGAAUUGAUGUUGAGCUGUCGUCUGGAGGAACUGGAGUCAUGGAGCUGCUGUUCAGCGAGGAGUUGGGUUUGGUUCUCGAGGUGUCACAGACAAAUGUAGAAACAGUGAGUCAGAGAUUCAGUGAUGCAGGCGUGCAGUGCCUCCGCAUUGGCAGAACCUGUGGCUUUGGACCGGAGGCUGUGGUCAGUGUUCGUGUGGACGGACAGGAGCUGCUGAGAGAGCCGCUCCCCAGCCUCAGAGCGUUGUGGGAGGAUACAAGUUUCCAGCUCGAGCGACUGCAGUCCAAUGAGCUCUGUGUUGAACAGGAAGAGUCGGGGCUGGCCACCAGGACGCAGCCCUACUUUAAACUCUCCUUCAACCCCUCGGAAACGCCUCAGCUCAGUGAGACUGCAGCAUUGCCUCGUGUAGCAGUGAUCAGAGAAGAAGGCAGUAACGGAGACAGAGAGAUGUCUGUCUCUCUGUACAUGGCCGGCUUUGAGGUGUGGGACGUCACAAUGCAGGACCUGUGCUCCGGCUCCAUGACCCUGGAGCGUUUCAAAGCUGUUGUGUUUGUUGGUGGAUUCAGUUACGGAGACGUCCUGGGAUCUGCUAAAGGUUGGGCUGCCACAGUUGCAUAUAACCCCAAAGCCAAGGCUGAGUUUGAUCGCUUCAGGCAGCGCGACGACACACUGAGUCUGGGUGUGUGUAACGGCUGCCAGCUGCUGGCCCUGCUGGGCUGGGUGGGAGAAGGCAAAGAUGGAGCAGAGUCUGAGGUGGCGUUGACCCAUAAUAAGUCUGGCAGGUUUGAGUCGCGCUUCGUCAGCGUUGGGAUCCAGGCGUCCCCGUCCGUAUGGCUCAGAGGCAUGGAGGGCUCCGCUCUAGGAGUCUGGGUUGCACAUGGAGAAGGUCUGAUGCAAUUCCGGAGCUCCCAGGCUCGAGACCAAAUUAUUUCUGGAGGCUACGCCCCCUUGCGUUACCUUGACGAUGUGGGUUGUCCCACUGAAGAGUACCCUCUGAACCCUAACGGCUCCCCGCAGGGUAUCGCGGGACUCUGUUCCAGGGACGGCAGACACCUGGCCAUGAUGCCCCACCCGGAGCGCUGCACCCUGGGCUGGCAGUGGCCCUGGGCCCCGAGGGACUUCAGAGCUUCUCUCACACCUUCACCGUGGCUGCGCAUGUUCAAGAACGCAGCCGCCUGGUGCAGCAACACACAGUGAUGAUCGCUCUCUGUCCAAAUCACUGUUGCUGUCUAGAUAGUACUGUCUCUGUUGAGUGUGUGUGGACUGAACCUUUGUUCACUUAGUCAAUAUGGUUCUUCACUUUUUUACUUACUCUGGUACUUUGACUGUUUACAUUAUUACCAAUACAUGCUGUAAUACUUUAA